CACAGUUUGGUGGUAAGUAGGAGGAGGAGGAGGAGGAGGACGACGAUCAUGCCGCAACAAAACAAAACUUCCCACAAUCUCACUUUCUCUUCUCCCAGUUGAUGAAGCUUUAAACGUCUUUUAUCAGCUGCCUCUGCUGGACCUGUCAGAUGCAUCACAUCCUGCACCCUGGAAGAGUUUUAUGGGGAACCGUCUACCAGACAUCCUGGAGAAAGUGUUGCACGAGUUUUGCCAAGAUGAUGCAGGCGGUGUGUGUUGACGUCCCCGGAGGACCAGAGAAUCUGCUGCUGCGGACUGUCCCCAGACCUCAACCCAAAGAUGGAGAGGUCCUGAUUAAAGUUCAUGCUACUGCUCUGAACAGGGCAGAUUUACUGCAGAGGCGAGGACUGUACCCACCUCCCCCAGGUGAGAGCGACAUCAUCGGUCUGGAGGUGGCUGGGACCGUGGACACGCUGGGCCCUGGGGUGAAACGCGGCUGGAGGCCAGAGGACAGGGUCAUGGCCCUGCUCAGUGGAGGAGGAUACGCAGAAUAUGUUGCUGUGCCUGAGGAGCUCCUCAUGCCCGUUCCCCCGAAUCUCACCCUGUCUCAGGCUGCUGCCAUCCCAGAGGCCUGGCUCACCGCUUUCCAGCUGCUGGCUCUCGUAGCUCAGGUGAAGGAGGGUGAGGUGGUACUGGCUCACGCUGGAGGCAGCGGCGUGGGGACGGCUGCCGUUCAGCUGGUCCGUCUGUUCGGCGCCGUGCCCAUCGUCACGGCCAGGAGCGCAGAGAAGCUGAAGAUGGCCGAGAAGCUGGGAGCCGCAGCGGGCGGAUGUAACUGGGAGCAGAACGUGAGCUGCUUGGCCACGGAUGGACGCUGGGUGCUGUACGGCACCAUGGGCGGCCGAGCGGUGGAGGGAGAUUUCCUGGGCAAGCUGCUCGCCAAGCGAGGACACUUGCUCAGCAGCCUCCUCCGCUCCCGCAGCCUUCAGUACAAAGCGGACCUGGUCAAAGCCUUUUCUACUCGAGUGGUACCGCACUUCUCGGACCAGGCUGCUUCCCUGAGGCCGGUGAUCGACAGCACGUUCAACCUGGAGGACAUCGCAGCGGCUCACAGGCACAUGGAGGCCAAUAAGAACAUGGGCAAGAUUAUCAUUAAUGUGAUUCCACAGAAACAGGAAACUUAGAUGCAGUGAUAUAGACUGAAAGGCCAUUGCCCUGAUAUGUAUUCUUCAUUUUUGCGAUUUUCCUACAAAUUUUAUUGUGAUUUUAUAUGAUUAAAUAUACAGCAUCCAAAAAUAAAAUAAUCCAAAUAUGACAUA